UUACUGACAUGUGUUUGUUCAUCCAUUACACAUUCAAAACUGAUACAAAAACACCUGGAAACAAAAACUAGCACUGAUCCAAAACACUGUCUGGUGAACAAGAAAACAUAAAACAUGGCAGGUUUUCCAGCUGCUGAUGUAGAAAAGGAGUUGAAUCCAGGCUUCGACAAGAAUUUCCAGGUCGAUCCCGUCUCUUCUAACGUCGCAACAUCAAAGGGAAUCAAGGAGAGAGAUGAAGCAGAAAAGAAAGAAGAUGAAAAGACGGAUGCCCUGCAGAGUUUUAAAACUGCGAUUAUCGUUUCAGGAAUGGUUGUAGCAGUGGUUGGCGCAAUUUUUGCCGUAACCAAAAAACUCAGAGAGAAAUGAGGCUUCUUCAUGUACUAAGGGACGAAUGCUUACUUUUGCUCCCUAAUCAAGUUUUAUAGUACAUUUCGAUACGAUCAUUCAUUGUAAUCAUUUGGAGCGACGUACGGUUUCAAAUCUGAUCUGUAAGUUUUGAGGGGUUUGAUAUGUAUGUUUAAGAACGAAAAAUUCUAUUUUUAUUAAAUUAAAGUAU